AUGACUGAUCUGUUGUUAGUCAUUAGCAAUGGAAAAGUCGACCAUGAAAUAGAUCUGGAUCUGGACAUUGUCGUAAAUUUCCGCGGUUCCGAAAUUUGCUGGGGAAGCGUGAAGCGCGAGAGAGAGAAAGAGAGGGUGACCAUGCACACUAAUUGCUGCGUCAAUCUCUCAAGCAUAGGCCCCAUCCCUCUCCUCCCCUCCAUCGCCACAGCCUUACUUGAACUGAGUCCAAUGGAUAAACCAAGCGCUUCUGGUGUCACUUCUCUUCCGGAUGUCAACGUAGAGAUGGAAUUAAUGUACGCCUACAGGGAAUCCGUGGACGCGGCAAACGCGAGACUCGUGGAGCUGGAAAAAAGUAGGGUUGAAAUAAUCUGCGAUACAAGGCUAACAGUUACGAAAUGUGACGAAGUUGUCAGCGAUUCGAUGGCCGAGCUCAUCAGUCACCUCUUCGUCACACGGACAAAGAUGCUGAGCAACUACGAGGAUGUCGCAACAAAGUUUCAGAAUUACAUCCCAGGCCAGCCCUAUCAUCGCCUUCUUCAGGAACAUGUUCAAAGUGGGACAGAUGUCGUCCUGGAGAAGUACCAGUUUGAGGGCUACCAUGACAACCCGGCCAACGCAAAAGAUCGGGGAGAUGCCUCCUUUGGGAAAUUCGUGUCUCGAUUCGCUCAGCUCUAUUCCAAAGACACGUCGGAGGUAGCUGAUGCUGUGCUGGCCUCUGCAAAUCCGGUUGAAUUCAUUCUUGUUAGUUCACGUGCUGUCAACAAGGCAGCGGCAGAUGGCCUGUCUAACACAAGCUUACUUUUGUCGAAAACCCAGCAGAAGGCUCCGACUCCUCACAGAAGUCGGCACUCGGAGUCGGAUUCGGAGGGCGAGGGAGAAGGUGUAACACAAGGCAGCACCACGGUCCUCUCCUCCCUGGUGCAGUUCGGCUCUACCCUCUUCCGACCCGACCUUAAGAAGACCAACUUGCGUGGCAGCAAAGGCGCUCGAGUUUCCUCCGUCACUGCUGCCGCUGCAUCCACUGACCUCGACCCCGCUCACCUCGCGGCGCUUGAAGCCGCCGCGGAGACGGAGUAUGACAAUGCCUGUUAUGUCCUCAUCCAGUGCAUAAACGGCAUCGAAACCCAAGAAAAUGGACUUCAGACUCACGGUAUAUACCGAGUGCCUGCAUCCAAGAUCAAGGUGGCUGGAGUGGUGGAGGCCAUAAGGGCGGCGCAGGAGUCAGGUCACAGUUCGGUCGAUCUCUCCGGGGAGUACGCCAUCACUUUGGCCAGCACUCUGAAAACUCGACUAAUCCAGCUUCCGGAACCUCUGCUGAGUUAUAACCUCUACGACCAAUUUGUUGAUGUCGGAAAGGCCCUUGAAGCACCUGAUAGCGGAACGAUCGAUGAACAGGCUAAACGGCUCCACAAUUUGAUUGGUCAGCUAUCAUCGGCCAAUCAAAGGGUGGCUGGACUUUUGUUUCAUCACUUAAAGAGGGUAUCAAACUACCAAUCAGUCAAUCAAAUGGGUGCAGCAAACCUGGCUACAAUGUUUGGACCCACGGUUCUUCGCCGGAAACCAAAGUUCAAUGUGGCAAACAUGAUGGAGUUUAUAGACAACACAUGGCUCAUGAAAGCCGUUGAAUUGUGUAUUAACCGUGCCGCUGAUGUGUUUGGUCCAUCCUCUGAGUUUACCGCUGCAAAACUGUUAAAGAUGAUCUGCAACCGAGCGGUGGAGAGUAAAUCCGUUGAGCUUUUGCCGGCGGGGCCACUCGAGAGGGACACCUCUCUCACUCCUGCAAGUUUCUCUAGUCCUCCCAUUACAGCCCCUACCUCUGCCGCAAUUUCCACCGCCGCCGCUCGUGAGGCUUUCUUCACCAGCAUGAAAGGAGAGGCCGCUCCCACAACCCAAAAUUUCGCGGAGAAUGCCCGUAAGAUAUCAGUCUCAAAGUCAGAGCAGACCUCACCCUUUUCUCAUGACCAAAAAUCGGCUGGAUCGAGAACGAGUGAGGACUUCGGCAAGGCACUCCCGCAGUAUCAAUCCUCGACCACCCUGCAACCCCAUAAGGACUUUCCGCCUUCUAACCGGUCGCAAGAGUCUUUGCAGGAGUCCAGUAGCGGCAGCAUUGGUGGGAGCACUGGGUCUGGAUUAAAGCGCUUAAUUAGCGCGAAGGCACAAAACCUGCACCAACGCCUGCAGAAUAUAACCUCGGGCUGCGUGGAAAGCUCCACCCGUGCCGGUCGCGUCUUCAGUCCGCGCAAACUCCUCCACUCCACUUCGCUACGCAACUCUCCUAAAGAAGCAGCACGCAAGUCCGCCGACCCAACACCCCAGCUGUCGAAGGAGAGUGGGUCAGGCAAGAUGCUUGACGUCGCAGACUACAGCUACAUCGACACAGACCUAUCAUCGUGA